CCAAUCGUCUGUCCGUCUGUCUGUCUGUCUUGAGAAUCCAGACAACGAGACGUUGGACGAAACGAGUGAAGGAAAACAAGUCGAAAAAGGUACUCGAGGACGACGACCUGCUUGUUUUUCGGCCGAAAUUCGACUCGCACCUCUGUCGGUGCGGCCGCAGCGGACAUGGCAGUGUGAAGGAUGCAGUCGCUGAUCUGGACGGGGAGGAAUCUUUCGCGGGCGCUGAUCAGUGGGAUCUGCUCGCGGACGCAGUCGAGCACUUCGGCGACCAGCACCGAGUCGCGGCCGAAUGCCCAACAGCCGCACUUUGUUUCGGCCACCUGCGGCUUCCCGAAGCAGUUGGUGAAGCGACGGGCGCCGGCCAAGCCGGGCCAAAUCGGCGACGACGCGUGGUUCGUCGGCAGGCACAAGACUCUCGACGUGCUAGGUGUUGCUGAUGGCGUCGGUGGAUGGAGGCAUUACGGAAUCGACCCUGGAAUCUUCUCAGGGUUUCUAAUGCAGACCUGUGAACGGCUAGUCACUACUGGCGCUUGCAGCUCCUCCGACCCUGCCAUGCUGCUUGCCAGGUCCUACAGGGAACUGCUCGAAAACAAGCAGCCCAUCAUAGGCAGUAGCACUGCUUGUGUGGUGAUGCUGAAUCGAGAGACAAACACUGUACACACAGCCAACAUUGGCGACAGUGGAUUUCUGGUUGUGCGAGGUGGCCAAGUUGUGCACCGCUCCGAAGAGCAGCAACACUAUUUCAACACACCCUUCCAACUCUCACUGGCUCCUCCGGAGCACUCUGGUCACGUAUUGAGUGACAGACCUGAAUCAGCUGAUGUGACAGAUUUCCCUGUAGAGGAUGGUGAUGUGAUUUUGUUGGCCACCGACGGCGUUUUCGACAACGUGCCUGACUCUCUUCUCCUAGCUGAGUUGAUAGGACUGGAGGGUGUGAGAGACGAGUUCAAGAUACAGGGGGUGGCUAAUUCCAUUGCUUGGAUGGCCAGAAGUCUCGCAUUUGACCCUAAUUUCAUCUCACCCUUUGCCAAAAGCGCCCGUGAAAAUGGAAUUGAUGCCAUAGGUGGAAAACCAGACGAUAUUACGGUGCUUUUAGCAACAGUGGCCUUUCGUUGAGUGAGGCUGACGUCGGAAUUGGACUCGACUCAUAUUUAAGUUGGCUCAAUAGAUUUCCUAUUUUUUAGUAGUUCUUCAUAAGAUCUUGCUGCGCGACUGACAGUCAUAUUGACGAGAAGCCGUGAAUGAAUAAAAUUGUACAAAGUUGAGAUACAGACUCUAAUAUUGAGAGCCGUUGAUGCCCAUCCGCGACUAGUGACUGCUCGCAGUGUAGUGCAAAUUUAGUAUGUUCAUGUGAAGAUGUUAGAUAUUUUGUGAUUUUACAACAAUACACAACGCCCCAGCGCUUGUCAAGAACAAAAGUGCAAAUAAAUACGUCUGAUAAAAAUGAUAUAAUACAUGA